AUGGAACUUAACUGUACCUUUAAGGGAUGGCCUCGUCCUCGUGUGGCUUGGUACAAUCCAGAUCGUAAACUAAUCAUCAACGGAUCUGAAAGCUUUUACCUCUACGAGCAGCUGGUUGGACAGGACACCUUAUCUUCUGUUCUUCGAAAUCCUAAUAUCCAAGAAAAACACGAAGGGGGUUAUAAGUGCAUAGGAACGAACAACAUUACUGGAUGGUCGACUAACAAAAGUCUGUCAAUUCAUCUGAAUUAUUAUUGUAAGUGAUCUGAUUACUUUAAAUAAAGCCACUAAUAAACCGGAGUAAGUAAAACCAGCUAAAUUUCUGUACCAGUUUAAACCCUUACGUAGACCCCUUUUUUCAAUCAGGGCCGGGUUGUUCAAAACCACCGGGUUAGAGCAAAAUUUAAUUUCAGAUGUUAAAGCUAUAGAAAACAAAGUCAGUUUAAUUUUUUUUUCUACAAUUUGAUGAAUGGAUGCUCUAAAAAUUAGAGAAACCUUAUCUGUGAAAGUGUUUUUGAACAGAAGGAAUAUGAGCCAUUGGCGCUAAUCGGCCCUCGAACAACUAGAUCCAGGUUAAUAAAUGGGUACUAGAAACAUAACGUUGGGGUUGUCCUGUUGCAAUGAACAGACGUACCAUCCAGAUGGAAUUAAAUAUUGGGUGCUUCAUGUUUUAAAAACCAGCUUCUGACUUCCACUAACACGAGACAUCCGGAGUGAAAUGAUUUCAAAGGAUAAUCCAGUCGGCCACCUGAGGCAGAUGUAUCCUAACUACAUCAAUGAUAUACUUGCCAAAUAGUAUUACGUGUUCUAGCUAGGUAAGAGCGAUUGUCCGGCCAGAUACGAAAAACCACCAAACAAAACUACCCUUAAAAAAUGGACAAAAAAUGUGUGGAAACUAUUCCCCUACGAAUGCAGUGACACGAAGCCUGAGGAAAGGGAUCAAGCAAAAAAUAGAACACGAAAUACCUUGUUAUAUAGAAAACUCCAAAAAAGCAGUAGACCUACACCGUUCUAA